AUGUUUGUUCAAACUUUUGGUGGAGCUGACUUUCUGCAGAGCGUAAAAUCUGGGCGCUCCCGCCUGCAGACGUGCACUUCUCGCUGGCACUUACGAAUGCUGCGGCGGGGUCGUUUAACGUUUGCGAUCCAGCUUCAAGAGCAGCAACCUGGGCGUGGGACAGAUGCUGUUGAGUCAGAGGCAAAAGUGGCUUGGGGUGAAGUAGGCGCUGGCGAAGACGCAGACAACGGAGCUUCUCAGGCAACGGAUGUCGACAUGCCGAUGCCAUCGCGUCCGCGGCGCACGGGUGCGACCGUGGACGCGGACGGCAAAAGCAACGUUUGGGCUAUUGAACCGCGCGUGUAUACUGAGUCUAGCGGGGAGUCUGUGACAAAAAAGUAUCUGGCCUUAGCGAUUGCCGGUUUUGUCGGCCUCGCAAUAAUUGUGCUUCGCUUUCUGCCACUUACAAACGCUGACCAGAUGUAG